AUGAGCAAAGAAUAUUUUCAUGAUCAAGAGACAUUAUUGGAAGCCCAAAACAAUGAUGAUAUAUUAACAGAAAAUAAGUUCAGAUGGGUUAUGUUCCCAAUAAAGUAUAAAACAUUUUGGAAUUAUUAUAAAGAAAUAGAAUCUCUAUUUUGGACAGCUGAAGAUUAUAAUUUUGAUAAAGACAAACAAUAUUUAGAAAAUAUAGAUAAAAAUAUGUUAAUCAAAUUAUAUGAACUUGUUUGUUUUUAUAGUUUAAAAGAUUUACAUAUUUAUGAAGAACAAGCACUCAUAACUAGUAAGAUGUUAGAUAUAAUUCAAAUCCCAGAAGGAAGAGCUUUUUAUGGGUUUCAGAUGUGUAUGGAAAAUAUUCAUGAUGAAGUUUAUGCAUGUAUUUUUGAAACAUAUAUUCCUGACCAAAAACAGAAAACAGUGAUAAUUAAUAAAGUAAUACAGUUAGAUAGUGUUUUAAAAAAACAAAAGUGGUUAACAGAAAUAUUUGAAACAAAUAUUCCAUUUUUCAAUAAACUAAUUCUUCUUUAUAUAUCUAAAGUUCUUUUCAACGGAACAUUAAAUAUUUUAAUUGGAUAUUGUAAAGAAAAUUCUAUUUUACCAUGUUUAUGUUCUGUACAUGAGAAAAUCCACAGAGAUGAAUAUCUUCAUGGUGAUUUUUCUGUUAUGUGUUGUAAUCAUUUAAAUAACAAGUUGAAAUAUGAACAUGUAUUAGAAUAUUUUAAAAUGGCUGUUGAAUUAGAAUAUCAAUUUGCUUUAGAAAUGUUAGAAUUAAAUGUCUUAAAAAUAAAAAAAGAGCAAGUUAGAUCUUUUCUAGAAUAUUUGGCUGAUACUAUGCUUGUAAACCUAAAAUAUCCAAAGCAUUAUAAUUCUAAAUACCCAUUUUUAUGGCCAGAAAUUGAUAAAAUUGUUGUAAAUGAGAAUCACAAAACGGAAAGUGUUAAAAAAAGUGAUAAUAUUUAUGGAGAGAAGCAAAUAUUAUUUGAUGAAGAUUUUUAA